AACACAUAUUUCUUCAGAUGAUAGAUUAUGUAUGUACCCCCACCCCCCUGUGCUUGUAAUGGCCGCUAGGAGAUCAGUUUCAAACGCCAGUCAAAAGAAUCCACUGCACUUUAAGUUGGUUCUUUUGGGCGAUGAAGGGGUUGGUAAGUCGUGUAUAGCUCAAAGAUUUGUCAGGAGACAGUUCAAUGACCACAGCUCCCCUACUAUUGGAGCAUCCUUCUUCAGUCAGACCCUGUGUUUGGACGACAACAAGAAAGUGAAGCUAGAUAUCUGGGAUACCGCUGGUCAGGAGAGAUAUCACAGUCUGGCUCCUAUCUACUACAGGGGAGCAAGUGCAGCUGUCGUUGUGUACGAUCUUACCCGACAGGACACAUUUGAGCAUGCUCAGAAGUGGGUGGAUGAGUUGAGACAACAGGUCGGAGGAGAGAUCGCUAUCGCUCUGGCUGGAAACAAAUCUGACAUGGCAGAGAGCCACAUCACUGUUACUACUUCGGUAGCACAAAGCUACGCUGACGAUGCAGACUUGAUGUUCUUCGAAACUUCUGCUAAAACUGGAGAUAACAUUGAGGACACUUUUCUGGCCAUUGCAAGGAAGCUGUGCUCCGCUCAUACAGAAGUAGUAGAACCCAGCAGAAUACUUUUAGACGAGGAAUCUGGUCAAACUCAGCGAGGGUGUUGCUCGAGUUUCUCAUCCACCGCUACCCCACAACAAUGAGAGUUUCAGACCUCCACUUCGACCAAUAAUCAAACGGAAUUCUAGUUUUGUACGUACGAAAAUAUAGUAUUCGCUUGACCUAAGCAUUCGAGAGGCAAUGUUUGGGAGAUCUCAUCCCGAUUGAAAACUCGAAACAGACGAAUUUUUGAGACGAUUUUGUGAAAUCAUAUGCUCCAGGAAAAUGACAUUUUAGACUUAUUGUGAAUGUGAUAUUAUGAAGCACGGCGAUGACAGAAAACAGAAACAUUAAUUUUAUGAGGCAAUUCUUGUCAGAUUUGUUGAUAGGAUGUGGUUUGGUGCACAAUUGUAGAUCUGAGACUUCUUUUUCCAGUGUUUCGAAUUCCGAUCUUGUGAUAAAGAUAUUUUCAGUAACGCGCUGUGAACAUAAACAUUUCUUGUGAUAAAAGCAAAUCUAUUUUCGCGCAAGUGCGUAAGUUAUUUAUUUCUUAGCUGAUCGAGCGAGCUAGGCUAAUUUUAUAUUUCAUCAUAGUGAUUAGUGUUACGCAAAAGUAUAGUUUAAGGAGUGUGACAAUGACAAAUUGCGUUAUCAUGUGAAGUUGGCCCCUGGUAUGUAAUUUGUAGUGUCUGUCGUCACCUCACUUUGAUACGUGGCCGGCUAGUUACUCGUAUUGCAGAUGAAGCAACAGCGUACGUACAUCGACGAGUGGUCGAAUGCGCGGGUACGGGAAACUAUCACGUGUCAAAAUAAAGCGUGUCUCCUCCGCCGAAAUACAUACCACAUAGUUCACCUUCAUUCGACAGCUAUUGUAGGUCACUGUCAUCUUUAAAUGAUGGACUCAGCUGAAUUUAUAUAAUGUUAAAAUAUAAUGCAUAAGGAAUUAUAUAAUUAUCUUGUUUGGUUGGUACUAUAGUGAAGUUAUGAUAUUAGAAAAAUUGUUGACAUACGUUGCAUGCCAAUUGUUCACUGCCGGUUAAUUUUUUAGAAAAUCAUUCAUCGAGCAAGUAAAGUGAAAGAAUUGGGAAAAAGCUUUAAUGAGAGAUCAGCAAGCAUCAAUUAAAUAUGCAUCAGCGUAACCUUAACGUUUUCAUAUUUGUUUACGUGGAUAUCGGACGUUAGCUAGCUUUCCUUAUUUUUAGAUUUUUCCACUCUUUUAAUCAGGGAACGAAUAAUUGUCCCAACAAGAAAUAAAUCGUCUUUUUCGGAAUCGCGAUCGUACGGUUAAAACUUAAAUGUCUACCAACCGUGUUUCUAAAAUAGCUCAUACAUGCGCCCAUAUUUUUAGACCACGACACAUUUUAUUGGAUCAGAAAAUUGCUUGAAGUCCAGCAUGUUUAAUUUUUUCAUUUGUGAUAUCGUAUUGAUAAUGGUAUUCUGUUUUGUAAAUAUCUCCAAAAUAAAUAUUAUGUUGCAAAUUUAA